CAGCAGUGAGAAACGCUCGAUUUCGAUCUAUUCCCCUGUAAAGGAAAAGAUGUCGUUUGGAGAGUUAGCCUGCACCUAUGCUGCUCUGAUUCUUCACGAUGAUGGAAUCCCAAUCACUGCGGAGAAAAUUGCGACUCUGGUAAAGGCUGCGAAUGUAACGGUGGAAUCAUAUUGGCCAAGUCUAUUUGCUAAGCUCUGCGAAAAAAGGAACAUUGAUGAUCUUGUGAUGAAUGUUGGCUCUGGCGGUGGUGGUGCCGCCAUCGCAGCAGCAGCUCCUGCCGGAGGUGCUUCUGGUGGUGCCCCCGCCGCUGAGGAGAAGAAGGAGGAGCCGAAGGAGGAGAGUGACGAUGAUAUGGGAUUCAGUUUGUUUGACUAGGAGAAGGUGCUUUGAUUGCGUUUUUGCAGACUUCGGUGAUGGACCAAGUUGAGUUAUAAUUAGUUUAUCACAAUAGAGUUUUUGCUUUUCUUUUUGAAGGAUUAUUGUGAUUGUACUUGUAUGUUGGCCUUUUCUGACAUAUGCAGCAUCCCGACUUUAGUUUUUGAAGUGAGAAUUGGUUCCUCUCGCUCUCAUCUGAUUUCUGAAAUUCCACAUUCUCCUUUUUUAUUUCUCAAAUAGAUUUUUAUCCAUUUUUA